GUAACUUGAUUUUUUGUUUGUUUGUUUGUUUUUUAAUUUUGUUAAUUUCUGUAGUAGUUUUUUUUUAAUUGCUUUACUUUAGAUGCUUAGUGUUUCAAUUACUGUGCAGUAAAGGGACUUUUCCCCAAUCUCUUUGGUAUUUUGCAUGCUUUUACAUUAACUCUGGCUAUAUAUUUAUAAUAACUCUGGCUAUUCUUACACAGGCACCUUCUUUAGUUUAGGACAUUUUCAUUUAGGAUUUUAUUGGAAAUGUUUUCUAGAUAUUUAUGCUGAUUGAUCUUCUUCACUCUCGCCCUCACCUUCUCCAUCUGAGGUUUUCCUUGUGGGUGUGCAGCUUGAAUGCUUCUCUGUGUCCUGCUCUGAGCUCUGCUGUUGUGUGCUGUGAGGGGACCUCAGGGAAAUGCUGAAAUCAAGACAUGGCAAAAGCCACGCUGCACCUGCGAAUCCGUUUCCUGUGGCUGCAAAGGCGAGUUCGCUGCAGGACGCCAACAUGGACGCCGACCUCGACAGCAUCUUGUGCUGGUUCUGGACAGCAGAGGGUUCUUUAAACACAAAAACAAAAUACCAGCGAAGGCUGAAGUGCAGCCUGUCUGCCGUCUUCCAUUCAGCCAUCAUGUUGCAAGAUGUCGGUGAGGCCAUUCAGUUCGAAGUCAGCAUCGGGAACUAUGGCAACAAGUUUGAUGCAACCUGUAACCCUUUGGCAUCAACAACUCAAUACAGCCGCGCAGUGUUUGAUGGGAACUACUAUUACUACUUACCUUGGGCCCACACAAAGCCCAUCGUCACCCUGACUUCCUACUGGGAGGAUAUUAGUUACCGCCUGGACGCAGUGAAUACUCUCCUAGUCAUGGCAGAAUGGCUGCAAAUACAGGCGAGACAGAAGUGGUCUUUGUCCCAACAUUUGGACCUUGUUGUUUGAACCUUUACAGAAGUCCCAGAGAGUACACAGGAUUUCCAGAUCCCUAUGAUGAGCUGAAUACAGGAAAGAUUGGUUUAUCAUUUGCGGCUGUGAUUAAUGGACACUGGUGAAUGGGAUCCCUUCUUACAAAAGUAAUAAGUAUCUCAUGGGAGAGGCAUUUACAUUCUUCACUCCUAAUGCAGACCUGCCACUCAGCUGAUAAAGUGUUAAAGGAGAGAAUUCUUACUCUUCUUACAUCUUAGAAAUAAAGACUACAAAAAGGAUCAGAAGACCAGGCACCUUUAAUCUCAGCACUCAGGAGGAGGAGGAGGCAGGUAGAUCUCUGUGAGCUUGAAGGCAGCCUGGCCUUUACAGUGAGUUCUCGGUCAGUCAGAGCUACAUAACAAGAUCCUAUAUGAGAGAGAGAGAGAGAGAGAGAGAGAGAGAGAGAGAGAGAGAGAGA